UGGGAGAUGUCACACCGUCACACUCACCAAUACAACUGGGGACAGGAAGAGCGAGCGAGCAAAACAGAAAGAGAGAGAGACAUACGCACGCAGAGGUCAGAGUGUUGAUUUGGAUUCAACAGAGGAGCAGAACUAAAAUCAAACCAAGCAAGAGGAAAGGGAAAUGCGUAGAAACAAAGGCAAAACAACAGCAUGAAGAAAAAUACAAGAGACAGAAAGAGAGUUUGAGAGACAGUGGGAGACCAAUAGAGAGAGAUACAGAGCGAGAGAGCGAGAGCGAGAGCGAGAGAGAGAGAGAGAGAUAGAAGCAGAGCUCCCUAACUACAGUGAUUCCCAGACUGGCUGGCUGGCAGUAGGCACUGUGCUCUAUUCUUCCCGCUCUGAUGGGGUUUCAUGCCCGUGCAGGCAGUGUUGGGGAUCCUGAGGGCAACACAAGUUUCUGCUGCUGAUCUCAGCCUUUCUAAUUCCUACCUAUUGACUUUAUCAGCCUACACAGAUGAGAGUCAGGAUAGCUAAUCUCAACCUUACUGAUGGCUAAUGGAUCAUCAACCAAUGACAGUCAGUAGAAUCCAGGGGAGCUAAAAGACAAACAAAUGCAAGCGGCCCAAGGACGACUGGCAGAUAUGAGAGUGGUACUGGCGUGUGCCCUCCUCUCCCUCUUGUCUUUGUCACAUGCCUGUCCAAAGGAGUGUAGCUGCAACAGCAACACCAAAGUAGUAGAUUGUCGGGGUCGAGGCCUAUAUGACAUCCCCCGACGACUGCAUCCAGACACCCAGGAACUGUAUCUCCAAGAUAACCGUAUCAGGGGGCUGGGAUCAAUGGCCUUUAGAGAAAUACCCCUUGUUCGCAUUCUCGAUCUAUCUAAUAACUCGAUUACAUCUGUUUCACCAACCGCUCUGCUGGGUCUCAGAACUCUACAGCGCCUCAGCCUGGCCUACAACAGCCUGAGAGAGCUUGACAAGCGGUUGCUUGGGCCUAUUCGCUCACUAUCACACCUUGACCUCUCACACAACAGCCUGUGGGGUUUCCCUGGAGCCAUGGGGGACAGCUUGAGGAACCUUAGCCACCUGGGGCUAGCGCAUAACAAGCUAACACGAUUGGACCGUUCCCUGUUGGAGGCCCUGACCCGCCUGGACAGCCUCACACUACGAGGCAACCCCUGGAGGUGUGACUGCCAGCUCAUAGGCCUCAAACUCUGGCUGGAGACGUACCUCUUUAAAGGUGGAGUGGUGGAUGAGGUGAUUUGCUCUCAGCCAGAAGAAAUGAGGGAUAGAGACCUGCAGAAAGUCCCCUACCAGCUCUUCCACACCUGCAUGACCACAAGCUACCAUUACCUGUUUGCUAACAUACACCACCUGGAAUCUGAGAGGUUACUGCGAGGCCACACCCAUGGCAACCAUGCUCAUCCUUCAAGCCAUGCUCUCCAUGUCCCCAUGGCAAUGGGGGAGGGUUUUGGUGGUGGGGGAGGAGGAGGUGGGGGAGGGAACCUGCCUGAGUGUGAACCUAAGCAGAGGCACCGGCCUGUCAACUUGCGCCACGCAAUUGCCACAGUGAUCAUCACCGGCGUAGUGUGUGGGAUCGUGUGUCUGAUGAUGCUGGCUGCAGCAGUGUAUGGCUGUGCCUACGCUGCUAUCAUGGCCAAGUAUCAGCGGGAGCUAAAGAAGAACGAGGAGUUGGCAGCAGCGCAGGGGGCAGAUCAUGCAACAGCAGAUGAGAAGGAACCACUGGAGAAUGCUAUCGCCUAGGAGAUGAUAACAUGAACCCUGGACUUAAAACCUGAGCCUCAACCCUUUAACCUAAUCGUCUCUGGAUGCCGUGUGUGUGAGUGCAUGUGUGUUUGUGAGAAAAAAAAAAAGAGAGUGAGAAUAUUAAUGUGUGCGCAUGUGUGUAUGUUCACCUCCUUUCUGAGACUUGGGUAGCUAAUUUCCACAGGUAUUUGACUAUGCACUGAUGAGAAGAGUAUCUUCUACUGUAUGCGGGUUCGAGGGGUAGGCCAAAGAAUCCAAAAGGAAUCAAUUCCAUUUUGUCUGAGAAAUGCAUAUCACAGAUAUGAACAAAUUGCUAUAUAUUUAUAAUUGUGUAUUUGUAGGUAUAAUGGUAAAGCGCUGGUAUUUAAAAACAAAUAUUUUAGAGUUUUGUUGUCUUUUGGUAGUUGUUUAUAAUUUUGAGGUAAUUUUGAAAACUCAUAGUAGGCAGCUGCUGUCUGUUCUAAGUUGUUUGUAUCAUUGACGUGAGAGUAAGAGAACAAGAACGGAUGUUUGUGUAUGUUUUGUGUUUCAUGUGUGCUUGAGUGUGUGUAUGUGUGUGGAGAUGUAUACUAUAUGCACAUAUUUAUAGAGAUUUUAAGAGUUUGUGCCUAAUAACGUGAUAUAUAGUUUUGAGCAAGAAAUAUGUUUUCUUAAAGGAUAUUUUUCUGACGACUGAAGUGAAGAUGGGAAAUUCGUUGAAGCAAUAAUGAAACAAACUAAAACGAAAACAACAAAACCUGGACUCAGCCUUGUUGUUUUUCUAUGACUUUUUAUCAUCCUGCUGCACAAAGUCACACCCACAAACUUUUAGAUCUACAGUUUUUGACAUCAGUUGAGUCUUGUUUGUACGUUAAUGCUGAUCACACGGUGGUAGUCAUGUCCUUCAGUAGUAUGUAUUAUAUAAAAUAAAGGGAAACAUUUAACAUUUUA